AUGAGCCACCUCAUCAAACACUGACAGUGUGUGGAGAGAGAGCAAGAGAGAGAGAGAGACAGACAGACAGAGAGAGAGACAGCAAGAGAGAGAGAAACAGCAAGAGAGAGAGACAGAGAGAGAGAGAGAGAGAGAGAGAGAGAGAGAGAGAGGGAGAGGAGGAGGAGAGCGAGGGAGCAGUGAAGAAGGACACAGCAGGAGAAUCAGAGGCUGAACUUUUGUGAAACUUUUUCACAAAGAAACCCAAAAGCUUGAGGACUCAGGAUGUCAUCAGUCUAUCAGGAGAACGGCCCAGAAGACGCCGCCCACCAGAGCUUCUGGAUGCCUGGAAACUACCAGCGGACGGUGAAGAGGACGGAGGACGCCUUCCAGGCCUGUAACGACAUUGUGACGUGUUUUCAGGAGCGGGCGCGAGUGGAAAGGCUUUACGCUCAGCAGCUCAAUGAGUGGAGCAACAAGUGGAAGCCCCUAGUGGACACCAGUCCUCUGUACGGCUCUCUGUUACGGGCGUGGCAGUGUUUCCUCUCCUCGGCCGAUCGUCUCUCCACCCUGCACUCGUCCAUCUGCCGCUCCCUGGUCUCUGAGGAUGGAGAGCGGAUGAGGACGUGGCAGAAGGAGACCUUCCACAAGAAAAUGUUUGGUGGCUUCAGGGAGUCACAGGACUUUGAGACGGGAUUCGCUCGAGCUCAGAAACCCUGGGCCAAGAGACUCAAGAAGCUGGAGAAGGCGAAGGCGGCGUUCCAUAAAGCGUGCCGUAAGGAGCAUACGGCUCGGGAGCGGGAGGCUCACGCUCAGGGAAACCCUGACAUCGCCAUCGAGAAACAGAGGAAGAUCCAGGACGAGCGACAGAACGCAGAGCAGGAGACUCAGAAAGUGAGAGCCCGGUACGAGAAGGUUCUGGAGGAAGUGACACGUUAUGCCCCACGCUACAUGGAGGAAAUGGAGUCCAUCUUUGACCAAUCGCAGGAGGAAGAGAGGAAGAGGAUCAGCUUCCUCAAGCAGGCCUUUCUGUCCAUCCACAGGCACCUCGACGUCACCAACAACGACAGUGUGAAGGCUGUGUAUAACGAGCUCCAUGAUGCUCUGAUGGCCAUUAAUGAGCAGGAAGACCUGCGCUGGUGGAAGAACACACACGGGCCGGGGAUGCCCACCGACUGGCCUCAGUUCCAGGAAUGGAAACCAGACAAGAAGCUUAAAAAAGGAAAGAAAGCUUUGGAGCAGAAAGCGGUGGUGAUGGAGAGAGGUGUGAUGAUUGGUGGAGUCCGAGUCCGAGCUCUUUAUGAUUAUGUUGGACAGGAGCCGGAUGAGCUGUCCUUUAAAACUGGUGAGGAGUUUGUGAAGAUUGAGGAUGAGGAUGAUCAGGGUUGGUGUAGAGGGAUGAUGGAUGGAGGAAAAGAGGGUCUUUAUCCAGCCAACUAUGUGGAAGUGGUGUAGGUCCAACAGCGCCACCUACCACUGCAAUGGAACACCCACACACCCACACACACACACACACACACACACACGGUCCAACACUGCUUUCAACACGCCCUUGUCAGUGACGUGGUUAUAUUCACUUCCUUCCUCAUUAUCACAUUUUUUUACACACACUUUUAAAAAUAUCAGUUUUCCAGCUAGCUAGCAAACAUGCUAAUUAGCGAGCCUGUUAAUGAGCUAACUGAUUGAAACUGAUAAUGUGGAUCCGUCGAAAACUGUGUCAGAUUGCAGUGCCUUCUGGGUAACUUUUGUCUUUGAAGUCUACAGUCAUGUGACACCAAGCAAACAUCUUGUGCAGAAUUUCAUAUGCACAUUGGGCUCCACUCUACUCCUGCAUUCAGCCUCGCCCACUUUGCCCAGCCUCAGCCUACACCAUCCAUCCAAGCCCAUAUUGUCCAGCCUCAUCUCACUCCACCUGUCCCAACCCAUACACCACUUGGCCCCACACUAUUCCUCCUGGUCCAGUCUCCUCCCCCAAGACUCCAUCCCUGCCCCCUCUGUCUAACCCCACCCUAUUUCACCCAAUCCUGCCCUGUUAAACCUACCCAUGCCCACUCUCCUCGACCUGGCCCUUGUCCCCAACCCACAGUAUUCUGACAGAGUUGCAUUGGCUGUAAGAUGAAGGUCAUUAAACAGGUCCAGACCAUCGCACACCUGAGCUGAGAAAGUAACACAACGACCCAUAAUGCUGGGAUCAGACUCCAUGAAUUCAGCCCAUUUUUAACAUAAUUUUGUCUUAGCUGACAAAAUUUCCAGGAUCGGGCCCAAAUAUGAACAUCAGGAACGGUGAACAGGCCUUGUAGUGUCACGUAACUGAAGAACUUUGAAGCAACAUGGCAUCUGGAACACCCCACGACACCCCGAUGAAGUCUUCACAUGUCAGAAUUUUUUUCUAUUAUACUUCCCACCUAGUUUCACAACUCCAACAACUCGCUUCUUGAUAGCCAUAAUUGACACUUUCUUGCCCCUCCUCUCUGAUGGCACGUAAGGAUGUGAAUGAUGAUUGGUCAGAGUCAAACUUGUAGUGUUUCCAGUCUCCCAACCAAAACACAGCAAGAAUUUAUAGCACUCUGAUUGUCUAAUCACUAAUCUGUCCUGGGUCUGACUUUAAACUGCAACCGGUGGUGAGUCUCAGGUCCAGGAGGACUUGAGUGUUGGGGAAAGUGGAGUUACCUCUUUAUCACCAUUGCUCCCAGGUCCGCUCUGACCCGGAGUGGUAGCACCUGCCUGGGUUCCAGUUAUGGGUUAAAUAGUACAUUAUCAAUAAGGCACUGGCAGCAGGGUGCUUUUCGGUGCAGUGUAGCAGAUGAACCCAACAGGGUCAAUGGCACAUCACCAGAUGGCAUGUGGAAGAGUCACUCAAAUGGCCAACGGAUGGCAUCACUCGGCAAGUCAGUUGUCACUGCGGGGCAACUUCUAUACCCAUCAGGUCUGUGGCAGUUUUUUGUACCACUUGGCAUCAGGUCUGGAUGUCCAGAGAAACAGCAUGAUGGGGGCACGACAUCGUUUGUCUUACCUUAUUGUACAAGGUGCUUCAUUAGGAGAGGAGAAUAGUAUACAAGAGUUCACAAGGCCAGAUAUUUCAUGGCGGCUCGGCCGGGUCGUUUGUGCCGCCGCUGUGGAUGGCUCUGUCGCUCUGGUGCGGGCCUCGUGGCCCGUCUGCAUUUCUGCCCAUCCUAAUGCAGUCAUCAUCGCUAGUGAUGGACAGCUGAGCUGAUGACGAAUCUGACCACCAUAACGAUGAUCAUCAUAAAAGAUAAAAAUUUUGUGUAGUCUUAUCCCGGUAUAACAUUAUGAUACGGUUUCAACCAAAGACAAAUAGAGAGGGCAAGUCGACAAGGGCGUCUUCAAAACAGUAUUGAAACGCAGCCACACUCUGCCUCUCGGGUCCUGACUGCGUUCGGAGCUUCCCAAGUUCCUGCCAGUCCAUCUUUUUUUUUUUUUAAAUUUGUAUUAUUCAUUAUUUUCUGUAUAAGCUAACAAGUUUCUGUUAAGAGAGAAGGUGUGCAGGAAGCAGCUGAAGUGGUUCUGUACGUGUUCAGAGUUCGGAAGCAGUGCUAGUUGGAAAACAGGAAUAAGAAUCGUGCUUUUAUGAAGCAGAAAAUUCUGCUUUAGUUCAAGUCGGAGGUGUUGAAAUGAGCACAGAGGUGAAAUGAAGGUACGCGAUACAGUCAACAUGCUAACGUAUAAAGGGUGAGGUUUAUGAAGGAACGAAUAUCACAGUGAAUAUCGUGACAUCGACCAGUCAGUUUCAUCAAGAAUCAUGACAUAAAGUUGACCGAACACCUGAGUCAAGUGACAGAGAUGGUCCUUGAGAUAAAGUUACAACACUUUCCUGAUUAAUUUACGUGAGAAGGUCAUGAUGACUGACUUUGUGCUUCAUUCUUUUUAUGGUAAUUGUCAUUCAGGGUUUAAUCAGGUGUCAUGUAGCUCUAUGAACAGUUUUAAUUUGUCAUGAUUUGUCCCUCGGAUACGUAAAAACAUUGUUAUAUAGGACACGUUGAGUUUGAUGAAUUCUGGCUGAAAUCAUGACGUUCGCCUUAAUACCUUUAAACGUCUUUGUCAUUACUGGGAUUGUUCUAAUCCCUUUAAUGUGUGAUGCUAUGCCACUAUACCAUACUUUCCUGAUAACAGUUCACUCAAGAUUUCACUUGACGUAUGAACGGUAAACUAGCGUAACAUCUGGACGAGCACACUACCGUAAACACGUGAACAAACAGAACCUUGACAAUUAAGAUUCUGUGACUUAUUAUAACAUACAUCACAUGCUAGAACUCAAACAGAUCCAUGUGAAAAUAUAUAUAUAUAUAUACAGUACAGUGCCUUGCAUAAGUAUCCCCCUCCCCCGACCUUUGCCAUAUUUUGUAGCAUUACCACCUGGAAUGAAUUGUGUUUAAUUUUAACCAUUUGAUUUACACAAUUUCUAACAUUUGUAGGAGCAAAAUAUUUUUAUUGGGACAAACAUUAAUUAAGCAAAAAAAAAGAAAACUUUUUGUUCACUCCCUAAAGUAUACGUGGAAGAUAUACAACUAUCUUGGCUGCAAUUCCAGCUGUAUGUCCAUCAGCUUUGCACAUCUGGAUCCUGAUAUUUUUGCCCAUUCUUGUUCUUCUUGGCAAAGUUUUUUGAGCUUUGGACGGAAUAUUUGGACAGAAACCGUCAUUGGUGAACAGCAAUUUCACUACAAAUUCUCAACUGGAUUAAGGUUUUGGCUUUGACUGGACGGUUCAUUCAGGUUCUUCCUUCCUGUCGCAAAGUGAAGCUCCGCCCCAGUCACAAGUCAUUUGUGGACUGAAACUCUUUUUUCCCCCCUUUUUUAAGAUCGUUCUCUAUUUGCCUCUGUUCUUCUCGCCCUCAACCCUGACAUUUGUUCCAGUACCUGUCGAUCAGAAACAUCCCCACAACAUGAUGCUACCACCACCAUGCUUCACUGCAGGGUGAUGAGAAGAGAAGUGAGGGUUUUCCACCAAAAUGUAACACCUUGUGAAAACAAACAAAAAAAAAAAAUCAAUUUUAGUCCGAUAACACCUGAAAACUCUGUUCCAGGUGUUCCAACAGCUCUCGACUCAAAUGUUUUCCAAAGUUUUCUACAUUUCCCUUCCAGGUUGUAACUGCAAUACGACAAAAUCUACUUUCCUGUAUAUACCUGUGUGUGUCUGUGUGAAAGAUUUAAUGUAGCUGCCGUUUGAGCAUUUCAGGAAGCGUUUCAUACCAAAGAACAUAGACGUCGCCAGACCCAUUUUAGGGUAGCUCCAGCCACCCUAUCUUAUGGCAAAGCCACCCUAUAUUUUUUGCCCUUUUUUAAAUUAUUUAUAUUUUUAUUUUUUUUUCCCAAAAAAAACAAAGGCAGUAAAGCACUGAACAUGAGCCAUCAACAACGCAAGUUAAUCCGAACAACAGUUUCUGCUUGCUUAUUUAUUGUUUAAUGCAAUAUUAUUAAUAUCGUUAUGAUUCCUCCUCAUUGGCUCUGUGGCAAGCGUCACGUCGAGUGGUAGGCUAGUAGGACUUAAAAAACUACGCGGGCAUUCUGCAGCAGGCGCGGUGCGGGCUUCGUUUGCGCAGGAAUGCAUGACACCUACCAUUGUUUUUUUCACAUUUUUGUAGUUUAGCUGGUGAAGUUGCUUCAGCAAGCAAUUAAAUGAUGAAAGCAAUUUUAAAAUAGAAUAGAAAUGGUGGGAAGUGUGUCCCCAAGGUGUGAUGCUCUUGAAAUAAUGAAUUGAUUGACAGCCUUAGUAGGUGCUCUGAAAAAUGUUCGGCGCGCGCACAAUACCUUUUCUCCUCUGGGUGCUAAGCUACCCCUGUCUCUCAAACCUAGUGACGUCCCUGCCAAAGAAUCACAAACCAAAAAAAUAAUUCUGUAUUAAAAAACUUUAUAAUCUCGCUUUUACACGUUUUCUUCUUCUGGCCAUAAGGAAGUGCACAGUGUGUGUAUGACAUCCUACUUCUUUCAUUUCACCUCCUUUGACUUCAUCAGUGUUAAAGACUGUAAAAUUUAUGUAAGAAUUAUUUUUGGUUGUUUUUUGGCUUUAUAUAUGCAAAGUGCUCUUUUGAAGGAUGAUGUGUCUGAGUGUGUACGUGUUGAUCAUGUUAUAUGCAGCUUAUUUACAGUAGCUAUUUGGUAUAGAACACACACACACACACACACACACACACACACACACAGGGAAAAUUGUUUUUAAUGUCAAAAUACAAAUAAAGAAAUGUAAACCGACAAA